GCCAUCUGUGACUGUGAGGAGGGAAAGAGAAAAAAAAAUGGUAUUAUCAAACAAGAAGCUUAAGCAGAAGCUUAGGGCAGAACUGUUGGCAAAAAAAGUGGCCGAACCCGACGCUGAUAUCAAAAACCCAGAUUCAAAUUCGGAGGCCCAGUCCGUGAAAUCUCUCCUAGACUCUGUAACUCGGAAACCCAGAUUGUCGAAGCGAGAAAAAAGAAGACAAACCCUUUCUUUUUCAAAAGGGUCGAACAAGGAAACUGAGGGAAAGGGAGAGGAUGUUGAAGAAGUAGAAGAAGAAGAAAAGAAGAAAAAAAAGAAGAGGAAGAGAGAGGAGGACGUGAAGGAGGAGAAGGGAAGGAAUAAGGAGACAAAGAAAAAGAAGAAGAACAAUAAGAAUAAGAAGGGGAAGAAUGUAAGUGAAGAGCAAGGAGUUUUGCAGGUUGAGAAUGGGACUGAAAGCCAGGUGAGGGAGGAUGCUGCCACAAAAGUAUAUGUUGGAGGCAUUCCAUAUCGCUAUACCGAGGAUGAUAUUCGAUAUUAUUUUGAAGGUUGUGGUACUAUACUUGAUGUUGAUUGUAUGAAGUUUCCAGACACUGGGAAGUUUAGAGGAAUUGCAAUUAUUAGUUUCAAGACAGAAGCUGCAGUGAAAGAAGCCUUGGCUCUUGACAGAGCUGAAAUGGGUGGAAUGCAGCUAACAAUUCAGCCCUACAAAUCCACACGAGCCAAUAAUAAAGUAACUGGUUUUUCCCCAAAAAUGGUGGAGGGCUACAACAGAAUAUAUGUUGGAAAUUUGUCAUGGGAUAUAACUGAGGAUGAUCUUAGGAAGCUUUUCUCAGAUUGUGAUGUAUCAUCUAUACGCUUUGGCAUGGACAAGGAAACCGGAGAAUUCCGAGGCUAUGCCCAUGUGGAUUUCUCUGAUAGUGUCUCAGUAGCCAUGGCAUUAAAGUUAGACCAAGAAAUUGUGUGCGGUAGACCUGUCAAGAUAAGUUGUGCAGUUCCUAAGAAUGAAGUAAAAAGUCAAUCAAGAUCUCAUCCUACAAGAACUGAAGUCCCUAAAAGUAAUGAAGCACCUGCAGUUAAAGAAGCACCAGCAAUUGAAGAAGCACCUGCAAGUAAUGAAGCACUUACAGGUAAUGAAGCGCCUACAAUGGGUAAUAAAGCUGAUAAUGGUGGUUCAACUGUCAGCAGCGGUAAGUUGAGGCGAAGGACAUGCUAUGAGUGUGGACAGAAGGGCCAUAUUUCUUCUGCUUGCCCAAAUAAGAAAACUGCAGAUACGACCAAUACAAACACAAAUUAACUAUUGAUAGGAGGUUUUUUUCCCUAUCUCCAAAUUUUCAGCCAUUUACAUGUGAUUCCUGUUAUCCUGGCAUAAUCUAAAGUGUUAUUCAAUUGGUUAGAAGAUGAAAAGAUUAAUGAGAAGAGAUAGUUGUUUAUGUCUUUCUCUACUUUGUUAUGAAUGCUGAUUCGUAGACUUCCCUGAGGAAUUCUUUUGGCCAAGGGAGACAGGUGAGUUACUUGUGCUUUGAAUCCUCUUGAUUCUAAAUGCAUGAAAGAAAAUGAACCGAAAUAAAGACCAUAGAAAACUCUUAUUGUUUGCA